AUGCCUUCAGCCCGAGUCUUUGGAUCAAAGGAAGAAGAAGAAGGCGCUAUUAAUGUCAAUACCUUGGAUGAGUCGAAGGAUAUAGAUUCUACCAAAACAAAUAUAGAAGAUGGAGAAUCUCAGGACUCAAGCGCAAUUGUGACUGGUCAACCUGAUUUACCAGAACUGAAGCAAUUGAAGGGUAUUGGAGAUAGCCACAGUGGAAUACCGAACACUCUCCUUGUGAAUUGGACAAUCGUGGUUGAUGAGUGGCCGAAUGCUACAAAGGCCAUUACAGAAGUUGCAAAAGAAUCUGUGAAAACGUCUUCUUUUGAAGAAAAUGAAGGGCUCCCACCUCCUCCAAUGGACGAAGGAGACUUUUUUGCUAUACCUACUUCAAUGGAACUGUCACAGGCAUUUAGAAUUUAA